AGGAUCUCUGCGUUAAUCAAAUACAAAUGUAUAACACAAGAAAUAAAAGGCAAGUGCAAUAAAACAGUGAAAUCAACACAGUUAUACAGAGGACAGUGAUUAGAUACACUAUUAAAUUGAAUACAAGUUAAACACUAUUGGAACUAAAUAUUAGGUCUUUAUCAUAGAAACUAUUCCUUCGGCUUCCUACCCUUAGGGUUCCCUGCUCUGUAACCACCCAACUCCCACUCCCGGUUAGCAAGGUUCGAAACUUUGGGAUUUCGGAAAUUAAGCUCACCACUUGGGUGAAUUCGCGAUCCUGAAACACAAGUGGCUGUUCCCGCUUGCCGUAGUGGGUGCUUUACUGAGGAUUAUAGACGGUGUAGGCCUUCAGGCUGCGUUGAGUCCGCUGAUGCAGUAGGAUUCGUAUUGGAAUUACCUGGGUUCCUUUGAAGACAUAUGAAGGCAUGUCCAGGAUCUCAUCUUGGCAUCUGCCAAGCUAUUAACCACACCUCAGUUCAACUUUAAUUUUUGCAACCAGCUAUGUCCAAAUAAUGCCUUUGAAAAUGUAAUGUGGAAAUUCUGUACAUUGGUUCCUUCAUUGUACUUUUGCCAAUGUGUAGCCCUCCAGUGCCAUCAUUUUCUCCAGAUAUGGCUUGUUUUCAUAACGUUUCUGGACAACAUCCUAAACCUGUUGGACUGGUCCUUCAUUAUGGAACAGCAGGAUUUCGUGCAAGGGCUGAACAGCUGGAUCAUGUGAUGUAUCGCAUGGGUUUGCUGGCAGUGUUGAGGUCCAAGAAAACCAAAUCAACUAUUGGUGUGAUGGUCACAGCAUCCCAUAAUCCAGAAGAAGACAAUGGAGUGAAAUUGGUUGAUCCUUUAGGUGAAAUGCUUGCUCAUGAAUGGGAAGCGUAUGCCACACAACUAGCAAACGCAGAAGACCAAGAUCUGAAAUCUGUCUUAACCAGUGUUCUCGACAAAGAGUCUGUGAAUCUGCAGGAAGUGGCUCGGGUUGUUCUUGGCAGAGACACUCGGCCUAGUAGUCUAAAUCUUGUUCAAGCUGUUAUUGAUGGAGUGAGCAUCUUAGAUGGAACUUACCAAGAUUAUGGCCUUGUAAGCACACCACAGCUGCAUUAUAUGGUCUGCUGUUGGAAUACCAUGGAGCAGUAUGGGACUGCGACGGUGGAAGGAUAUUACCAGAAACUUUCUCAGGCUUUUCUUGCCAUAACUAAGCAGACUCCUUACCAUCCAGAAGAAUUGAGACAAUUGAAUGUGGAUGGAGCAAAUGGUAUUGGUGCACUAAAGCUUCAAGAAUUGGAGUCAUACCUUGACAAGAAACUACAGCUGAAGGUCCAUAAUAAUGGUGCAAAUGGCAAACUCAACUAUCUCUGUGGAGCAGAUUUUGUGAAGGUUCAACAGAAGCUACCUCAUGGCUUACACAUUAAGGCAAAUGAACGCAGCUGCUCAUUUGAUGGUGAUGCAGACAGAAUUGUAUAUUAUUAUAUUGAUGAAUCUGGAUGUUUCCACCUUCUUGAUGGAGAUAAGAUCGCAACUUUAAUUACAGUAUUUCUGCAGGAGCUUCUUGUCAAGGCAGACUUGGACUUGCAGAUGGCAGUAGUUCAGACUGCCUAUGCAAAUGGAAACUCAACAAGAUACAUCACAGAGGUCAUGAAGGUUCCUGUAUACUGUGUAAAUACAGGAGUGAAAUAUUUGCACCAUAAAGCUCAAGAAUUUGAUGUUGGAGUUUAUUUUGAAGCAAAUGGCCAUGGCACAGUACUUUUUAGUAAAACUGCUGAAAACAACAUCAGACAGCUGGCUUGGGACAAUAAUCAACCAGUAGAGAGAACCAAUGCAGCUAAAAUGCUUGAAAACACUAUUGAUUUAAUCAAUCAGACAGUGGGAGAUGCCAUAUCAGACCUGCUAACAAUAGAGGCCAUCCUGUUUAUUACGGGCUUCACUAUCCAAAAAUGGGAUUCAAUUUACACAGACCUUCCUAACAGGCAACUAAAAGUGAAGGUGUCUGAUCGACAAAAAAUUGUCACUGUGGAUGCUGGAAAGCGAGUAAUAUCCCCUGCAGGCCUGCAGCAAAAUAUUGAUGCUUUGGUGAAGAAAUACAAUUUGUCACGGGCUUUUGUGCGUCCAUCCGGUACAGAAGAUGUGGUCCGAGUUUAUGCUGAAGCUGACACCCAGACAAAUGCAGACACACUGGCAUAUGAAGUGAGCCUUGUUGUGUACAAAUUGGCUGGAGGAGUAGGAGAGGAACCAAAGUUAUUGCGUUGAGGAAAACAAGAUAAUUGGUUGAUCGCGAUUCCUGGAACAUUACAGACUUUCAAGCACUAAGGUGUGUUGCUCAGGGACUGGCAAUGUUGGAUGUUGAAAUGGUCAAUCAAGAGCAGAAUGGUGCCUGCCAGCCAAUCACAGAGGAUGUUGGAAAAGGAAGAGAAGCCAGAUUUGAAUUGGUUUGGCCUGGGCUGCUGGACUGGGAGCAUUUUAUGAGUUUUAAUAUCUCUAAUUUUAUACCCAGUUAAAGAAUUGUUAAAAGUUUUGAGGGAAGAAACCCAUUCCAGAAGACAUAGUUCCAGAGGUCCAUAGAAGUUGUUUGCAUGAAGUGAUGACUUCAGAAUUCAAGCAAAAUACAAUGCUUUGUGUCUGAAAUACGAUGUAUUAUUCAAUGGUUUCUGGAGGCCUUGUACUCAUUUUGAAACCAUUGAACUGGCAAAUUACAACACUUUAAUUUAUCCAUUGCGUCUCAGUGAGAGUGGAGUAGUGUUUAAAGUAAUGGGCUUUGCUUUGUUUCUUCAUGUUCUGCUACUUACUAAAAUUAAAACUUUUGUUUUAUUAAUAAUGUGUUGCAAAUCCAGGGAUGGGGAGGCAGAUUUGGUUUGGUGUGCUGCCGCUGUAUGUAACAUUCCGAAUUUUUUUUUGAGUCUGAAUGCUGUGCUUCAUAAAACCAAUCAGAAAUUAGUGAAAGGUCUUUGUGUAGGGUAAUAAGCAAAUGCCUGUACAGUUUAGUGUGACUGUGCUAGAGUUCAUUGUGACAUUUUUGUUGGAAGUACUUUUAAUAAUCUUAAAUAUGCUCCAUUCAAGUUAGAUCAUAUAAUCUUAUGAAAAUAUGUCAUUUAAAAUCAAAACUUAUUUUCCUAACUUGCUGUAAAAGGAGAAAUCAUGAUGUCAUAGACUUCUACAUUCCUUAUAAUGAUUCUUAUAAAACUUGUAUUUGCAUUAUUUCUAUAAAAUUUAUUGUAAGAUCACAAU